CUCGCACGACAGGAACGAAUCCACACAAUCAACAAAUUAAUUUCAAUUAAUUCGAUUAACUAACAACAAUUUGAGCAAAAUGAUGCGCAGUGGGAUUCAAAAACUUCCUCAAAAUGGCUUCAACAUCUACCAACUAUUAAAGCCAAGAAAUUUUUCGUUAUCAGCAAGAAAUUGCGAUAACCUUAGACCAAAAACUGCCAUUUUAAUGCUCAACAUGGGUGGACCACAGACCAAAGAUCAGGUUGGUGAUUACCUUCAUCGAAUUAUGACUGAUCGUGAGAUGAUGCAGUUGCCAUUUCAAGAUACACUUGGACCAUAUAUAGCACGUAAAAGGACAGCUGAAGUACAGAAGAAAUAUGAAGAAAUUGGUGGUGGAAGUCCAAUUUUAAAAUGGACACAACUUCAAGGAAGUCUUCUUUGCAAUAGGCUUGACCAAGUCUCACCUGAAACAGCACCACAUAAAAGUUAUGUCGGCUUCCGAUAUGUCACACCAUUUACAGAAGAUACAAUUAAGGAAAUCGAAAGUGACGGACCUGAACGUGUUGUCAUCUUCUCACAAUAUCCACAAUACAGUUGUGCUACAUCCGGAUCUAGUUUCAAUUCCAUUUUUACACAUUUUAAUGGCAAGAAGCCAAACAAAAACAUUAAGUGGAGCAUGAUUGACCGAUGGCCAACUCAUCAUCUUCUUGUCAAGACAUUUGCUGAAAGAAUUAAGGAGAAACUAGCUGAAUUUACCGAUGACAAGCGUGACGAUGCCAUUUUACUGUUCUCAGCACACUCAUUGCCUUUAAAGAAUGUCAGACGUGGAGAUUCAUAUCCAAGUGAAGUUGGUGCAACUGUAAAUGCUGUUAUGGCUGAACUAAACCAUUGUAAUCCUUACUGCCUCGUGUGGCAAUCAAAAGUCGGUCCACUUCCAUGGCUCGAACCAUUCACAGAUGAUGCAAUUAAGAUGUAUGCCGCAAAAGGUAAAAAGAACUUCGUCCUCAUUCCAAUCGCAUUUGUUAAUGAACACAUUGAGACACUCCACGAACUUGACAUUGAAUAUUGUCAUGACCUCGCUAAGGAAGUUAAGGUUGAGAAGAUUUUGAGAGCUGCAGCACCAAAUGAUCAUCCAUUGUUUAUUGAUGCUAUUACUGAUAUUGUUGAUAAGCAUUUGAAGGGCAAUCAAAAGAUUAAUCCAAAGUUCUUGACUCGCUGUCCACAUUGUGUGUCUGAGAGAUGUCAUAAGACAAGAUGUGAAAAUAUCUCUAAAAUUCCAUCAACAACUGGCAUUUCUACAACUGAAGAUAAUUAUUUGGAUAUUAAAUAUAAUAAAUCAUUCGAAAGUGUUCCUCAAUCAACUCUAAAUGUAACUACAACUCCCAUCAAUAAAACAUUUACAAAAAUAUUAAGCACAUCCAACAGCAUGCGACCAACAAAACAAUUUUCAAGACCCUUUAAAAAUCCAUUCAUAACGCCAGCAAAUUUGAUUGAUCUUCAAUAUUGUAGAAUGAUGAUUGAAUCAACAACUGAAGCAACCUCAGCAAUGACAGAACCACCAAUAUUAGCAGCAACUGAGCCUAUAACAACAACAACUUUAAAUGAAGUAACAACAGAAAUUGAAACAAAAAUGCCAGAAACAACAUCGACAACCUUUGUUGUUGAACCUAAAGCGGGAACUUUAUCUAGCACAACAGGAUCAUUUUCACAUCCCACAAGACUAGAUGAAAUAACAAAAAAAUUCACAACAUCUCAUAUGACAACAACUUCAUCAACCACAACAACCGAGUUGUUAACUCCCAUGAAAGUUGUCAUAUCAGAUGAUGUAACAUUUCUUAAAGUCGGAACAUACAGAGGAUCCAAUGAGUCUAAUGAAUACCAAAAAACCUACUUCAUUCCUCAAAGAUUUCGUGGCGAUUGGCUGACAGCAAAAGUCACUUGCAAAGCAUUUGAAAUGGAACUAGCAACAUUUGAAACCCUUAAUGAGUUCACAAGCUUUCAACAAUUGUGGGAGGACAGCCAAUUCAGCAAAAAUUUCAAGACAACAUUCUAUCUGCACGUUGAUGGAAUCACAAAGACACCAAAGUCACCUGAUGAUUGGUAUUUUACUAAGAAUGGAAGAAAAGUUCCAUUCAAAAUGCCUUGGCUGACGGGAGAACCAAGUUUUGCUAAAAAUGUUGAAUAUUGUUUGUCUAUCGGGAAGAAAAGUUCGACAGAUUUUCUUCAGUUUAAUGACACUAUUUGCUAUAGCAACAGGAGGGUUUAUCAUUUUAAUAGCUUUGUGUGUCAAAAAAUUGAUUUUGUUUUUUAAAUUAGGUUUGUGGUUUUUAAAAGUUAAGUUCGGUAGCUUAUUUUUUUUUUAAAUUUAUUUUAACAUUGAAGACGAUUAGAAUUUGCUAAAAAUCAGGGAUGUAGCCAGGAAUCUGAAAGUGUCACCCAAAUCCCUCCGCUGGCUACGUUCCUGUUAAGGAUUGUAUUUUAUUUUAUAAAUAAUUUUUGAAAAAGAAAAACUUUGAAAUAUGAAAUUUAAUUUUAACUCGAAAACACUCACCAAUUAAUUUUCUUCAAACUAUU